UCAUCACCGCUAUAAAUACUCAGCCCACUUCAGAAACCAUCUCUGCAAAUUCAACCAAUUCCAUUCCUAAUCCGAGCAAUGGGCAAGAAGCAGAACGGCAGCCAUGGAAGCGACAAAGAAGAAGACAGUACCACCGCCGUGUUCAACAUCGAUAUGCACUGCGAGGGCUGCGCCAACAAACUCAGAAGGUGUGUCCGACAAAUCCAAGGCGUUGAGAGAGUCAGAGCCGAUUGGGAAGCCAACAAGCUAACAGUGAUCGGAAAAUUCGACGCGUCGACGCUCCGAGAGAAGCUCGCCGAUAAAACUAAUAAGAAAAUCGACAUUGUCUCGUCGGAGGGCAAGAAGGAAAAGAAAUCGAAGAAACCGGAUGAAGAAGCAGAGGACGAGAAGCCCAAAGACAAAGAGAUUCCGGUGACGACGGCGACGUUGAAGGUGGAACUGCAUUGCCAGGGUUGCGUCGAGAGGAUUUACAAAGUCGUAUCCAGGACCAAGGGAGUGGAGGAUAUGGCGAUGGAGAGACAAAAGGAUUUGGUUACGGUGAAAGGGAAAAUGGACGUCAAGGCUCUGGUUCACAAUUUGGAAGACAAACUGAAGCGGAAAGUUGCAGUGGUGGUACCCAAAAAGGACAAUGACGACGGAGAUGGCGGCGACAAGAACAAAAGCGGCGGAGAGGUCACUCAAGAGGACGGCGGCGGAGAAACGGACGGCGACAGACUUGAUUACAUGGCAGUUCCGGCUCCGGGUUAUGAGUACGGGUUCGGGUACGGGUACGGGUACGGGUACGGUCAUGGUGGAUUCGUUGGAGAACAUUUGCCUUCGUCUCAAAUGUUUAGCGAUGAGAAUCCGAAUGCCUGCACAGUUAUGUAAUAAAUAUAGUUUUUUUUUCUUUUAAAUAAAUGUAAUUCGGCAU